AUGUCUCCGCCCUUUGCCGAAGCGCACAUCAGAUUGACGAGAUACACCCACGGCAUCUCCACUAUGCUUUUCGACUUCCUCAACAAUGACAUUCUGACCCUCGAUUUAGACAGAAUGGCACCCAAUCUGUGGCUAAUGGACACUCCGUCAGGCUCUCAUAUCUCCCCAUUGCACAACCAGAAGAUCAAAAGCCGAAAGAUUGUAAUCACAGAAGAUCCAGGACUGCAUCUCGUCUCGAGUGACAACCGAGUCUUCAUCAAGCCCUUUCCACCGUAUCUACAAUUCUUAUACCUUCUGGGCAAGAUACUCGACCGAGCUGAGUUCAACAUUCUGCCCGUUCACAUCCCGACUUCUCAGGAUAUCAGAAUCGGAAGUAUCACCACGUUAGAGCUACGGUGA